AAUUGGCAGGCUAUUGAAUGGAUGAAACGCCCUAGAACCCUAGACAAAAUACAUACAUUUGAGCCAUGGAGCUGCAAAAAACGGUUUAAAAAAUCUGAAAUAGCAUGUAGUGUACCCAAUGUAUGUAAACUUCACAGUAGAGUUUUCCAACAAGACAGGCAUCUUCAUACAUGUUCUGAAUGUCCACAAAAGUAUCCCUGGAUAAGGAAUGAAUUUGGACUAGAUUGACGAAGCCAUUUUUUUUAUAACAGACUGAUGUAAUUUAUGUUAACUCGAUAAUCAAUAG